CAGAUAUUAUCCAUCAUGAGAGCAAGAAAACAUGGGAGGAAGAAGCAGCAGUUGCCAUCCAUCCAAGGACACAGUAGAAGAUCUGUUCUAUGUUGCCAGUGAUGCAGGGAUUCUCCCUGACAUAACUAUAGACAGUACUCUCUUAAAAUACCUUUCCUUGAACUCCUCUGCACAGCUCAGCUGGCACCUUGCUGACAUACAGAGCUCCCUCAGCACAGAUCAGUUCAGCAGUUUCACAAAAAUGCUGUCUUCCCAUUUUCAGGAGAACACUAAAAUAGCUUAUGGAGGCGUGGGAAUCAUUGCCAUUACUUUGUCUUUGUUGUUUGAAAUCCUCCUGCGACAAGGGCUCAAAAUGCAGACAGUGAAGCAUCCACUCCAAGGCACAUUUGGUGAGGAAACUGGAUCAGAAAUCGGGGCUCUGAUACGUAAGUACCUGACUGAAGUCUCAGAAAUCACGGAUGACCCCCAGAAGAUGAAAGAAGAAACCAGUCGCUAUGAACACACGCUGAAUGACAUGCUGCUCCAUGCUUAUACAGCAAUGAUUAUGAAUGGACACAUGGAUUCCAGUGCCAUGAAAAGAUGGAUUAAUGGUGCUGCCUUUCACACCCACAUGCAGAUCCAUCUUGUAAGGAUCGGAGCAGGAAACAGGGCAAGAACAGAGUCAACAAUUGCUACCUACAGAGAGAUGUUAACAAGUUUGUUUAACAGGUAUGAGGAGUAUUUAAGAAAGCAUGUGAUGGAAAGACAACAGGCUUCUGGAAUUGGUGUCUUAGUAAUUGAACCCUUGAAAAACCUCUCUCAUAAUAUUCAGCAUAAGAACUGUGCAUCCAAGGCCAUUGAGAAUGAGAUUGUAAAUAAAAUCCUUGAAAAGCAACAGAUGCCAAAGGUAAAAGAGUUUUUUGAGACCACAUAUCAAAAUCUGAAUAAGUUUAUUAACCAGCAUCAAGAUUUUUUCGUUCAAAGUUGAAUUUCCAAGAACUUCUUGUUUCUUUUAAAAGUACUUGAUAUAGUAAUUCAUAUCUUAAUCUAUACUAUGUCAUGCAUUAGUAGCAUGUAAAAAACUGUCAUAUCAAUGUAAGCUCUAAUAUAAUGCCAAAUAUAGUGAAAUCUUUUUCAAAUGUGUUUCAAUUUUCUUUUAAAAUACACUUUUCUUCAGCAAGAAAGUAGUAACCGAUUAAAAGUAGAACAAUCUUUAAUUUCUUUGUACUAUUAAAGUUACAUUUUCUCUGUGUUGUGUUUCUACGUACUCAUGUUUUUUCUCCUACUGACAUACAGUACCUCUAUUGGCUGUCUGCUGCAUUGCCAAAACUGUGUAAGCAAAAAUCACAAUCGUAAAUUAAGUUGCAUCUGGUCAGUCUGAGUACAAUGUUAACUCAAGGUAAUUCCUCCUCUUCAAACUUCAACACAUUAAACAGAGCAAAGAACGCAAUGUGAACUGAGCUCUGAUUAUGCAUGUGU